AUGCAAGCUUUUGACUUUCAUAUAACCUUUCUUCCUGGUCAAGGUAAACUGCUUUCCCACUCUACACUAACCCAAGUUAGACAAUGAAAGGGGGAAAAGAAACCCCAAACACACCCAAAAUGUUUGAUCUGAUGUCUUAAGGUUUAAAACCCACGCUUGAUGGCUAAAUAUACCCAGUUGCUUCAGCCUUUCCUUGUAUGUGUAUUGCAAACUCUGUAUCAUUUUAGUUGCUCCCUACUGAAUCCUUUCCAGUUUGCUUGCAUUCUUAAAAUAUGCUGACCUAAACUGGCCACUUUCCAGCUAGCCAGUGCUGAGCCGAGGACCAAUUUUUACCUCCUGUGCCUUGAAUCACAUUAUAGGCAAGUUCGUCCGAGAGGUGCUUCUGAGGAAUAGGCUGACUAAUCAGACAAAUGACUAGGGGAUGUCAUUUGCCCACUGAUAAUUUGCCCAUUCUGCCAAAUCAAAUACAAUUUUGACUCAGUAAGUUCUCUUGCAAGGAUGAUGUGUCAUCAGAAGACUUUUGCUUCUUGUUGACAAAUGCUAAAGUUUAAUCUGUCUUGGAUGGGUAGCGAGGGUGUAUUAUCGACAGAGCUUCUUCCUUAGGAAUGUUGGAAAUGUUUCACUGUGGGUACUUUCUAACUCUUGAAGCAAGGGAUGUGGUAAGACACUGACCUGGUUCACACAUCACACUAAACCAAGCCAUGGUGGUGUGCAGGCCUCAGGAAAUGAGACUGAAGCCAUUUUACUCCUUCCUGUUCAUUCUGCUGUCGCACUAUGCUAAACCAUGGUUUGGCUUAGUUCUUCAACUGAGCCUGGGUUUGUGGUUUUGCUCUCUCCUGACUAACGACAACCUGUAACCAAGAUUUGUCCUAUGGUUUAUGGCUUGUGGUUUAUCCGGGAGAGCUACUUCACAUUCUGGGGUUUGGAUGGCACCCUAAGCCAACCUAUGGCUUAGCUCAGGCUUCCUCAAACUUGCCCCUCUAGAUGUUUUGAGACUACAAUUCCCAUAAUCUCUGACCACUCAUCCUGCUAGCUAGGGAUCAUGGGAGUUUUAGGCCAAAAACAUCUAGAGGGCCAAGUUUGAGGAAGCCUGAGCUAAGCCAUAGGUUGGCUUAGGGUGCCAUCCAAACCCCAUCCAAACCCCAUUGACAAGGGCCAUAAGUCAAUGGAGAUGAAUGAGUAAAGAAGAAACAUGAUACAAGUUAGUAUUACAUGUAAAUUUAGUUAGUCUUGCAUUUUAGAAUAUUAUUAGAAUGUGGUCUUUCACACUUUAAGGUUGCAGUUCUAACCCCACUUACCUAGGAGUACAUUUAAUGGGACUUACUUCUGAGUAGUCAUGGUUAGGAUUGAUGCCUUUCAGGGGAGUAAGGCUGAAAUGAAUCCCACUGUCUCAGUGGUGCUGACUUCUGAGUAGACAUGUAAAGGAUUGCACUAUAAAAUGCAUGUAGAAUUGCUAACCAUAAGCAUGUAAGUGACUCAAUAUAUUUAUUUAUUUGAGAAUAGCACUGAUCAUUGCUAUUUGUCUAAGGGAAUUCUAUCAGCUGUAUCUUAAUGUGAGCAGGAUGACUGGACUAGCUUCUGUGUGGCCUAUAUCACUUUGCCAUUCCUACAUUCAUUAGUCUAGUCUCCCAUUUCCACAUUAUUCUGUAACUCUUAAAAAAAUCCACAUGAAACUUUACAUCUAGAUACAUAUUUUUGAAUAUGCAAUCUCAAAAAACACACAUUUCUAAAUGAACUUUUUCUAAAAAUAUGCAUUUGAAUACUUUUUCAGGUAUGAACUAUACAACAGAAAAUUCAGAGAAGUGUGAAAUCUUAAGGAUAAUUAUGUUUCAAUCUGCACAUUACUCUGGGAGCUGCAGAUCAGGUCAGUUUUGUAUCAGAAUUCACAUAAACGGCAUUCUUCCAGGAUCCCACUUAACAACUCACUUCAUUCUGGCCAAAUGUCCUACUUUUCUAUGUAUUCUUUUAUGAUUCUUACCCUUUAAAAAGUUUUUAUUUUUAAAUCUGAUCAUGUGCACCUAUGCACCCAUUCAUUGUUUCCACACCCCACCCCCAGCAAAGUUCUUGGCUACUUCAGAACCUAGUUUGCAGACUCUCUUCCCCACACCCCUGUGCAAUUUACAUCUCCCAACAAAAAUGUGCAGUGUCAGUGGGGGAUACACAGCUGGUGAUAUGCAAAUCGACAAGAAGUGACAACCUGAGCCUUAAGCCCAUUGUAGAAAAUGAAAGAACAACCCGCUAAACAUGAGAGGAGGAGGAGGAUUACAUAUGGAUGGCAGAAAUGCAAAACGAUGGGUGAGAAAAGAGAACAGGAAAAACAGGAUAAGAUCUGCAACAAUGGGGCAUUGCUCUGUGUAAGGAGUUUUGGGGAAAGCAUAAUUUUGCGCUCCGAGAGAGAUGACACAAAAGCACAUUUGGAUUUCUUUUAGCUAACCAUUUUUCAGUGCUACCCCCACUCCAGCAUUGUUUUCUGUGCUUUGUUUUUCUUUUCUUACUCACAGCCAGCCAUCAGACUAUACCCCAAAGGUAAGGCAUGCUGCUUUAAAACACAUCCCAUUAUCUGGCUUAAUUUGUGGUCUAAGUAGUUGGACUGUUCUUGGGACAAUGUUUCCUCCCUCUCCCUCUCUCUGGCUCCUCUGGAGUGUUCAUUAUUAUGUGGCUGCAUGAAAAGCAGGCAAUGAGGUGGGAGGCAAGGUCACAAUAGUGGACCUGGGACUCUACAGCUUGCUCAUUAAGGACAGGCAUUUACAACAGCACACGCAGAGCCUCCCUUCCAGAGACAGACACUUUCAAAGCAGUAAGAGAUGAAUGACAAGGCCUCUUGAGCAAUAUGCACAUCCAACAAAGGGGGCAUCUUGAGCUCUGCAGGGAAAGCACUUUGUACUUUGGAGGAGUGUUAUAGAAAUAACCAUCAUAAUGUUUAUCGAUCAAUUGUGUUUAGGAUUUUUAAAAAAACCUGCUCCAUCCUAGUAUCCACUAAAACGAAAUCUGAUACAAGAUGAAAAGUACCCCACGCUGACUUAACUUCCUAUCCCAGUCACUAGAAAGCGGACCGCAUUUACAGCACGUCUGAAAGAUGCUCAGGUUUCGAUACUGGCAAGAUUUUGGAGGGGGUUUCAUUAUGGUGGAGUAGCAAGCUUCUGUACGUGCAAAUCUGGUGAAAGAGUGGUACUAUCAAGACUCUUCAUUGUUUUUUUCCUCUUAACAGGGCUAUUAAUCUUAGAGGUUGUAUUAGAGCAGUGCAAGUCUAUACGUAUCUAUGCAAAAGUAAUUCAUUGUGCUCAAUGGGGCUUGCUACCAAGCGAGUAGGAGCAAAAUUGCAGCCUUAUAGUCAGACCUUAUGUGUAAGUACUCACAAGCAAGUCCUGCAGAAUUCAAUGAGACUUACUCUCAAGUAGGCACACCUACUAUCACAGACUUAGCAAUGUUGGGGUUUUCAGAUACAACAUCAGAGUCCCUGGAUGUGGACUUUGGUGCAACAAGAAAAAUGAUCCUUUGAGCUUAUGCCUAUUAUGGCCACUCUCCAUUUGUUCUCCAGCAAGCCAGGCACAUGUGACAGGCUGGGAUGCCAAGGCCAUGCCAGCAACAGGGACAAGGUCCAGUUCUCUGCUGAUGUGGGAAAUCCACUGCUACAGCAUCUCUGAUAGCUGGCCAUCCAGCCUUAAAAAGCUGUAAUGAAGGAAAGUCCACUACCUUCCAAAACAGCCUGUCCCACUGUUAAACAGCUUACACCAUCAGAAUGUUCUUCAAAAAGUUUAAUCAGAAUCUUCUUUAUUAUAAUUUGAGCCUAUUGGUUUGGAUCCCUUUCGAGAAACAGAAACCAAAACUGCUUCCUCGUCCAUGCAUGAUGACCAAGAGUGAGAGCAAGUUCAGAUAGUGAAUUCAGAACUUCUGAUCCAUAGACAUUCUUGCUAGGCUAGCCAUCAGACCGCACAAUCUUGCAAAGGCAAAAAGCUUCGUGCGAACAGGCUUUGCUUUGAUCUCAUUAAUUUAUUUACAUCAUUCCCAUAUAUGAAGAGCAGCAACUUUUUUUUUAAUGUGCAACCUUCCAAAUGCUACACUUUAGUUCAGAGCCCAAAGCCACAAACCUUCUCCACAACCAGAAAUGAUUCAAUGGGGAAGGGUUCCAGACAGCAUCGUUGUAAGGUCACUCUGCUUACUGACUUCAGGCUAUUCAAUACAAAUAGCUUUUCCAAGUUUAUCUAAGGCUCCAUCUUCUGUGUAUUCUUACCAAGCCUCUCAUCUAGAAACAUUCUACCCCCUCAAGAAAGAAAUGCGAAAGACGUGAGGUGCUUGAAGCUGGAGAGAGAAGGGAGUGGGAAAAAUCUUUCAAUUAAGGCCUAUUAUCUUCCCAGAAUGUUUGGAAGUAUGCUUAUUUUACCCAUGGUUGGAUAAGUGAUUCCUAUGGCUUCAGGCACAUUGUGAAUUGCAGAAGAUGACUGACAGAGACUGAUAAUUAUAGUUAAUGAUGGCCUUAAAAGAUAUAUAUGUGUAUAUAUAUUUGUGUGUGUGGCUGGGUUGGGGGUUGGAGGGUAUAAUAAAAUGAACUCAUAAUAAUUACAUACAGUAGAGAGGAAAAAAGUGGAAUCUGGGAGAGUACUGCAGAAAGCCUGGACACUGGAGAAUAUAACAACAAAAACAAGAAAACCAGCUAGACAACAAACGUGUUAGGCCAAAAGGCACUUUAAUCAUGGGAGAAGGAGAUAAUGACCACACAAGGAAGCUGAUCUGCUCUGAGACUGAAUUGGGUCUGUUCUGUUCAGCCUUCCUGGCUGAGCUGGUGUGAAGCUGGUUUUGGAGUGUGUGUGUUGAAGAACUCCUUCAUCAUGGUGUUGGGGGAAGUUUAGCAUUCACGCUGCAGCUUCCUGAGUCGUGGCAGUCAUAGGGCUGUCUCAAUACAUAAAAGACUCAACUCAUGUGGCAGGACAUAUUCUUGAUCUGGUUUUUGCAACAAGGUUUAAAGGCAGUAUCCCACUGGUGAGUCUGCUGUCCUGGACGAACCAUUUCCUGGUGAGGUUUGGUUUGAUAAUGGCAGUAUGCCUCUGCAGGGGUGGGGGAGCCAUUAAGGCGGUCCAUCUUUGGAGACUUAUGGCAGUUUCCUGAAUGCUCUCAGAGAUUUUCUGACUGACAUGGUUGCCACUCCUGUUGAUGCUCUGAUCUCACUAUGGAAUAGGAAUAUGGAAAGGACUCUUAACAGUAUCACUCCUUGGGGCCUCUUCUGAUUUUGUACUCUGGUAUCCUUGGGAGCUGCAGGUAAUGAAGCAAGAAGGAUGAUGGCUAGAGCACAGCUGGCAUAAAUCUUAGGAGGAAUUUGACCAAACUCCACCUUUUCUGGACAAGGAUAGGCUGGCUACAGUUCUGCUCUCAUAUACAACUUCCAAGCGCUAAAUUCUGUGAAAAUGUGUGCAAGUGCAGAAUUUUAGAAGUUUUCACGUGAAUUAUAGCAAGCAUUGGGAUCUCUGGCCAUUGGCUAUGUUUGCUGGGGCUGAUGGAAGUUGUAGUUCAACAACACCUGGGAGCCCAAGGUUCCCCCACACCUGAACUAUAGCAAUAUUUGGUGCUCAUCAUCCCAAGUAAAAGAGUGACACCCAACUCUAUUUAAGGAACUUGAAGAGAUGUCAAACAGAUGACUGUAUCAAUUUUGCAUUUUUAUCAGAACUCUUUGCUGGAACUCAUAAUCAUCCUUUCCCCCAUGUAAAUAUUCUGAAUUUGCCCUCCAUUCAAAGAGGAGACUUCAGGAUAUGCAGCCUUGCAGUGUAUUCGCAAGGCAGGCCAACAAGAGCUGCUGUUGUAGUAUUAGGCCCUGCAGAACUUCCCCUCCUGCUAAACUUUCAACAGCUAAAGGGUUAACUUUCAGUUAACACAAUGGGAAAGGUUUCAAGUCCUUAAAGUGCAGGCCGAUCCAUAACCUUGUUCCUUGCUUUCCUCCUGAAUCAACCCAAUCCUAUUUGACAGGAGGAAUCUGUGAGAGUUAAUGAAGCAGCGAAAGGCUAGGAGGAUCUCAGAACAAAACUUCAUCACAGCCAAUCAUGGAACAGAUUAUCCUUCGCCUGACUGCAUUAUGAUGACAUCAUCCCAUCGCCUCACUGCAAGCAGAUCAGUCACCCAUCCCUGUUAUUUCCAUUUCUAGGCAGUCCCUGGCUGGAUUAUUCAUCGGCUAGCUUUUUAAUCUUGACUCUGGUUGUAAUGAACAUCUGAAAUGUCUUUAGAAGUGUCACUCAUCAUAGAGAUCAGGUCUCUCAAAAAGGUGUGACUUCAUCCCUUUUGUAAAGGUCCAAAGCAUCUGGAAACAAAAUUCAGACUGGCAUGUUCACAUGGGUCAUUGCCUGCUAAUCCAGAAUGAUUUUCUUAUGAUGGUCAAGGGGAACUGCUACAAAAAAUAUGAAUGGGUAGCAGAUGCAAACACCCCUGCUCGUUUUAGAUCUGUUUUUGCUGAGCUGUGUUUCAUUUUAAAGCAGGGCUUUGUGUUGGCCAAGACAGGCAACAACUUCUUCCUCCAAAAGUGGAAGAACCACCUCAACAUUCACAUUGGUUUUGCAAAAGUGACACUCCAUUACGGCAACAUGAAACAUCCUGCAAAAAGAUUGCCUUCUAUAGUUUUUUAGGGUUUGUUAGCUUGUGAUCAUUUACCUCAUCAUUGCAGGUUAUACGCUCAAUCUGGUCUUCACUACAGUGUGGGCUGGGAGCCCUUCAAAAGGUGGGAAUGGCCCCAUUGUUAUGGGCAGGUGGUCUGUUCAUGGACCGCACCUGGUUAAGUUUGGAUUGGCUGUGGUUGAGUCCCCUGCAAUGGUAGGAGACCCAUUAAAAAUAGUCCACCCUUGGAGACAUAUGGAACUCAAGGGAUUCCUGAGUACUCUGGGAGAUGUUAUGGCUGUCACUCCUGUCAAUGCCCUUGUCUUGCUGUGGAACAGUGAGAUGUGUAGUGCUAUCAACAUAAUGAUCCAGAGGACUCCUUGGCUUAAAGACAUAAUUGUGCCUACCAUGUGGCAGUGGCAGCAGUCCUUGGUGAACCAUCCAGUGGUUGCUGAGUGGUGAAUGGGCUGUUGAGAUCUAGCCCUGGAGAGGAAAAGCAGGUUACAUUAAUUCUGGAGGCAGAUACAGCUAAUUACUUAGAGGUGCACCACAAUGGAUAUGUGAAACAUUUUGAAGGUAAAGUUGCUCCCAACUUUCCAUACUGGAUGCCACAAUUGUAGUGUUUAGAGCACCAUCUGAAAUAGUUUAUGGGAUCAGUUUCGGUUAUUGUGGCCUGAGGGUGGUUGCAGUGGUUAGGCUGACCAUCUGUUCUCUUGACGGUUGCCCAUCUUGGCUUGUGACAUAUAGCAGGAAGGGAUUCACUAGAUAUGUCCAUGUGGCUCAUUAUGGGAGAGAGUGAUCCCCACUGCUUUCAAAGAAGUGUUGGUGUGGUACCUCCUGAAGAAGAUCAGUGCCUACCUCUUCUGUGCCAACCAUAACACAGCUGUGCAUCCUAGAGACACGAGCUAAGAGGUGAUUCAUUGAUGUAUGUACAUUACUAGAUGACUGUUCCUAUUGAUAACUUGCAGCUGAAUAUAUGAAUGGCUUCCAUUGAAAAAUAUCAUCUUUGAGGUGUUAUGAAAGUUCUGUGGUAACUGAUCUGCGAUGGCUGUUUCAUACAUACAAGGCAUGACUAUCUUAUAUUCACUGAACGAUGAGACUGCAUAUCUGAAUUAACUCUUAGAACUGAAAUUUCGAGGAUGAGUGGCUUACAUAUGAAGGAACACCUUACGCAAAUUUAAUAACAAAUGGGAUGUACUUUCUGGAUUGCUCUGAGUACUAAAGGGGUGGGGAACAUUUUUCAGCCUGAAGGCAACAUUCCCUUCCAGAAAACCAUUUCUUUUAUGGGGGGAGCACAAAACCAUGGUGGGUGGGGCCAUCAGUAAAAUAAAGCAGAGAAACUGGUGUUAGUUUUACCUUUGUACAGUAGGCGUGUUUCUACACAAAAAUUAUUUCCCCAGGCAAGCAAGAAGAAUGAUCAGAACUCUAGAACACAUUCUAACUCAAGUUAAGAGCAAACAGGGCCAGUGAGGGGUGUAGCUGAGGAAGGUGCCUUGGGAGACUCCUGAGGGCCAAAUGUGGAGGUGUGGAGGGCUGCUUUGGGUCUCUGGGCCAUGGGUUUCCCACCCCAUGAACUACAUCAAUAUUGCCCCCAAACCAGCAUGUUGUGAAAUUAUCAUUUGACUCCUUGAUGCCAUCCCAUCCCAUCCUCCCACCUAUCUUGGUUAUUAGCUUCCUACUUGCAUAUUAGAAGUAUUAAUUUGAUCUAAUGAUUUGUGAUGCAUAUUGUGAGUUGAAGUGGUAAGUUAGUUCAAGUCUCAAAAUUAACAGAACAUAUUUGACACAACAACAGCACACAGCAAAGUUUAUCAAAGUUAUAAAGAAAAUAUGCAAUUUAGGUAUAAAUUUGUAAGAGUUUUUAUUUGUCAUCAUCAGCAAUUAUUGAUUGCUGAUGUCUGUUUUUGUGCAGAUAUGUAUUUGUAAUAAAUACACCAAACCAAAAUAGUUACAGAAACAAUUUAAGCAGCAUAGCUUUUCUUCUUUCUACACGACAAGCUAUUGUUGCAAAAUCUCCUGUUUCUACAAUACUCUUAAAAGGUACAGGGGUCCUUCCCUCCUUUGCAUCUUGUCACCCAACUUUAAAUUACUACUAGGAGAGCCUAGCAUUUUCAGCUCCUGUCUUGCUUAAUGUCCUACUUUGACUUCCCAACACGCUCUUUCGGCAUAGUGCCAGCCCAUGUGAUGCACCCCUCUCAGGGAUUAAGCCCCUUUCCCAAACCUGCAUGUACCUUCAUUGCAACAAACCAGACCCUACCUGCCUAGUUGUGGACAGAGGGGAGGAAACCAACCUCUUCAUAGCCCUUAAUCAGCUGAGCUGGUCACAGCAGCAAAUGUCCUUGCGGAGCUUGGGGAGCUGAAUAAUGAGAGUUCCUUCCAAAGGGGAAAUUAAUCAAUUUGCUUGAGGUCAUACUUUGAGGCUGGUGGCAGAGGGGAGUCUAAAUGCUACUCUUCCCCAUCUACCCUCCAUAUCCAAUGAUUUGCUUCUAAGCUUUAGAAGCCUGAGCCUCACCCUGAAGAGCUGGUCUAUCACUUCCAUUUGUUAUUGCAGUGACUGCCUUAUUCCAUCUGAUCUAAUGGUUUAUCUAUUUGGAGGCAGCAGUAAUUCUGUUGGAAGUUGCUGCACCCUCCCUGAAGAAUUUUCCCAAAGGGGGCCACAUGCAAAAAAUCCCAUGAUAGCCAACAUUUGAAAAUAGGCCCAUUGCUUAUUUGGGGGGGCAGGGGGGCAUAACUGCUGCAAAACUGUGUGCACUAGCAAAAACAUGAGGGGUUGGAUUUCACAAUCCUUUGUCCUUACUUAAAGUAAAAGCAAUAUUCCAACAUUCCAUCAUACUGCAUUAUUAAGUAUAUAUUAUCAGUAAAAGUAUUUAGGGAUGAACAGCAGGUUUACGAUUCUAGUAAGUAUUGCCUUAAGGUUAUGUUUUCAGGAAUUGGCUUUACAGUUAGUUCCUUGUUGAAAUCUAUUUUUAAGCUGUUUAGUCUGUCUUGGUUAUUUUAACUUGCAUGGGAGCAGAAUUGUGCCUGGACUCUUGGUUGCACCAGACAAUUCAGCUCUUGGCAAAACUGAGACUGGAAUCUUAAGAACAUUUAGUCUGCAUAAAACGUUACUGAACUGAAUGGAGCUUAAUAAGCAUAAUUUGGAUUGGGUUGCCAUUUUACGUCAAGCUACCCUGGACAGAAGAUGACUUUGCAAGGAGUUCUGUUUUGUCCCAGUAGUUUACCUCAAUUUUCAUGCUAUAUAGGUGAGAUGGAUUAUCAAAUAUUGAGCAACUUUGUUCUCUCUACAUCUGAAAAUUAGGCUUCCUUUUAGAAUAAACGUUUAAAGAAAAUAGUUGACAAUGAGUUAUCAGUAGUUUUACUUAGAAACUCAAAUAAUUGCCACAUUAACCUAUCACAUAGCAUAGUCAAGUAUUCUGUGUUAAAUACAUGAGCCCCCAAACCAGCCACUCUCUCACACUAUGAAGCAGUUAUGUCUUUGAUGUGUGACUUUUCCACUCUUACUCAGGAUAGUUUUGUAUGUACACUUAUUGUGUAUAUAUUUUUUUGUAUGUGUGAUGUUAAACACAUCCAAACAAAUGUAUAUUUCAAGUAAAUAUAUAUUGUGAUUUCUAAUAGUGCACAAUAAAGUAAAAGAGGAACUUUCAGGCUGCCCUGCUUGACAAAAAAAGAAAAGAAAAAAAAAAGAGUAUUCUGAAACAGAGCUUGCUCCAAUAUAUGACCUUUUUAAACUUGGGAUUUCUUGUAUUUCACACAGUAUGAAUGACCUCAACAUGAAUACUAUAGGAUCCAACUUAGUAGAGAUAGCUAACUGGAAAACUCUUCAAAAAUAUGGCCAUGCUGCUUUGAUAUGCCAGCAUCUGCCUCCCUGAACAGCUAAAUUACAAGAUUCUAAUGAUCCAGAGUCAUUUAAUUAGCAGGCGGGAAAACUAUCCAGCCCUCCAUUAAAAGCCUGGCUGUGCAUCUCUGAGAUACUACUGUGCUCCCAGAAGGUUCUUGGGUUCUUCUGCAGUUGCAAACGUGCUUCCUUUAUUUUGUGGGGUUCUCCAAGAAGCAUUAAGGAUUAGUGUGGGGAUUAGUGUGACUUUGUUAAGAAGAGAUUGCAUAAAAAGCAAUCACCUCCUUGCUCUUAAAGGAAGAGAGGGAGGAAGGGAGGAAGGGAGGAAGAGCAUCCUCGUAGAAUGGCUUUGUUCAUUCAGUUGAACUUUUCACUUCUUUUGUCUGAGAUAUUAACUCCAAGGACUUAGCUAGAUUGGUAAAGAAAAAGAGUUUUAUAUGCAUUGUAUAUGUAUGAAAGCACUGUGUCACUAGAUGGCGCUGUGAAGUUCCAUUUUUGCCAACACGAUUUCUCAUACAGUCGUACCACUUGUUACGUCAGUCUCCAGUUGCGUUUUUUCAGGAUACGAACGAGGCCCUUUCACGUUUCGCUAUGCGCACAUGCGCAGAAGCAUUCUAUUGUGUCGCGUGUGUGCACAGAAGCGGUGCUCUAGUUGCGGACUUUUCAGGGUGUGAACAGCACCCUGGAACGGAUUGAGUAGGUAACUAGAGGUACCACUGUAUAAAGUUUACCAUGUGUUUUCCAGAAACACUUCUCUGAUGGGUCUAGAUCCAGCCCAAGUCUCAACCACAGUCUGUCUGCAUGACACUUUUUCCAUGGGUUGGAGGUUAUUAAUCACAUCCAAACUACAAUAUCACGAGCGGAGAUGUGUUCCUCUACCAUGGCAGACAAAGGUUGACCCAAUGGAGGCCCCACUGCUUGCAUGAGCCAAUGUGAGCUUUCUGCAUAGGGUUCCCAUGUGCCACAUGGUAAGACCUUUGGUUUGGUGCUGUCAAACCAGAAGGGCGUGAGUGAGGAUGGCUCCUGAGAUGGUUGCCUCAGGCAGUCUGAUUUGGGGUGUGAUGAAAGGGCAGCUAACAGUUAGUUAUUUCAAUUUAUUUUUAUUUUAGUUUUCCUGUCAGAAAGGAGAGGUGAGGCACUUGUGGGAUUGUCUGCCUCAGGUGCCAAGAUAACUUGGCUGACCUUGGGAACUAUGCAUGUUGACUUUUUCGUUGGUGGCAGGGAGGCUCCAAUUGUUGCUCCGCCUCAGGUGGAAAAACGUCUUGGGCUGGCCCAGAAAUGGAAGAGCUGCAUGUGCAGGCAUAUCCUUGGAUUGUCCUCAGCUGAGCUCCCAGUUGAAAAGAAAAACACCAUGGCAGAUGAGACAGAAAUUAUUUAUGGCAUCCAAUCUGUGGGCGGCUGUGCAAGUACCUAGGUAAGAUAGGUGUUUCUGUGGUGUUCCAAGGGCACCCAUAGCUCAUGUCCUAGCCUUGUGAUGCAACUUGUGCUCCUUGAUAAUGGAAGCCGAGACUAUACAAACCAAAGGGAGUGUUUUAUGUUGAAAUUUCAGGAAGAAAAAUAUUGAACUCAGUUCUAGCCCACUUGCUUCAGAAACAAAUGUAUAUUCUCUAAAGAAUAGGUACGUAUAUGCUCUAUAGAACUGCAAGCUGCUGCCUGUAGUUCCACUCUCUUCAAACGUGCUUUAGCUGGAAACCUAUUUUCAAAGCUAAAUAGGAAUGACCAACACUCUACAAUAGAUUCCUAGCAAACAUGUUUGGAUUUUGCCAUAUCUCUUGAGAUGCGCUACGGAAUCAUUUUACUGGAAUGUCAAUAAAGUCAGGAGUAUAAACAUAAAUAACAAGAAAAUUUAGGGAAGUCUGUUAGGACAAAUGUAAGAGGGUCCAUGAAACAGGCUUCCCCCAUGAGAGAAAUGGGGGGGAAAGCUGCGGCAACUUUCUUUCAGGACUCUGAUUUGCACAAGUGUUUACAGAUACAAGGCACUUGCAGGCAUCAGCUGUCAUUUACAGAAUCUGGAUUCUUAUGCCCCUCAAAAUCUUGAGAAUAUUUACUUUAAUUUUAAAGCAAACAAGGUUUCUAAUCCUCAUCGCUGUUGAGAAAACCAUAAAGGCAAUGCCUAGUCAAUAUUUUGAGGUCACAUGUAGCUUCCCAGUGGCUAGCCUCUCCUUCCUUUACUUAUUUCUAUAUCCUUCCAUGUGAGCCUGCCUUCAAAAAAGAAUUUACCCACCAGUGUUCCCAGGCCAGCAUCUUAUGCAAAAUUACAUAGAUUUAUACAUAAUUUAAUCAAAUUUAUGGAUGCAGAAUGAGUGGUGGUUAGUUGAGGAUUCUGGAGCCAAUGAUCAGGCUGUCUCUUGCUAUGCACAAUUCUCAUGCAUUCAAAUCCCUGAAUGCAAGACCGGGAGCCUGAGCAGGCAGCAAGGCGCUCUUGGCUUGUGCUAAAAUCACUUCCUAUUUAAAAUGAUCAGUUUAAAAAGACAAAUAUAGAAACAUCCCGCAGCGUGGGAGCUCCUUUCCCUCAGUGUGCAGCUGCCUUUACAUGCUUGCUGGGAUCUCAUUCCUAUUUGCUUGCAGUAAAAGAGAGAAUUUAUAGGCAGGCGAUUCUGCUUUUAAACUGUUCCUGGCAGCACUUCGUUCUUUUAUCGUCUGUAAAUACUUCUGAUUUCCUUAUGGAAACGCACCCCAGAGAGACCAUGACGAGGUCCCUUGCUUUAGCCCUGGCUCCUGCCCAGCCUUGUGUGACUGGCCUUGCACGCUGAUACAUACAUCUGAGUCACUGUCCUUUUCCAGGGCUGCAGUAGAAGAUUUUCAACUUCAUCAGGGUCAGAACAGUGGAGGGAUUUCCUGCACCCACAUAACUUAAUCAGGAAGAGUACUCUUGGGGGAAAUAAGUUAUUUAUCCCCCCCACCCCAAUAUCAACAUCUCCUCAAUGUCCGGAAAUGUUAAGGAAGUCUCUUUUGAUACACUCAGCAGUUCUAAGAAUCUAGGCCAUUAGCAACAGUUCAUGUCUUAAGCAUGCUGCCUUUAAGACUCCCUGACCUUGGUUAAACAGGAAGGCCUCUGCUGUGAGAGAUAUGGGACCUGAUUCAGCUAAAGGUAUGACUAGCUUAAAUUCCAUUGCCUUCAGCAAUACUAAGUCAUGACAAUGCCAGGAUCAGGACCAUGAUUUUUAACCCAGGAUAUGCCACUCAUUUCUUCCUAUGCCCAUGCUGGCUUUUUCCUGACUAGGGAAAAGAAGACUUCUGUCCUCCAGAAUGAUGAAGAUAUUGAAUAUCCAAACAGUCAUACUGGACAGCAGACAAUAUUCAACUAGUAGUAGCUAGUUAGUGUUCAUUUAUGAAAGUUCAAUGCUUCUCACACAUUGUGGGCUACACUACAGUUCAGAUUGUAGAUGAUAGAGAGUUAGAAACCUGGUCAGUUUUGAUCACUUUUUCUGCAGAACACCACUGGAAAAAUCAAUUGGCCAGAAUCCCUUGCACAUACUAUGCGUAAGUUGCAUAGAGUGGAAGCAAAUUCAUGUAGUGCUCUGAUCAAACUUUCAGAUCCUCUCUGUCCUCUGUCUAUAUCCAACUCUCCCCACCCCCCCUUGCACCCUCCCCAAAUCUGCUCCAGAGGGUUGGGGGGAAACCCAGAGCAAAUUUAGGGGGCGCAUGGGGCAGAAAAAGGGGAGAAAGUCCCAUUGCACAAGUGGAAAUCCUUAUGCUGAUUGCAGGGCUGGCCCACCCAUAAGGCACAGUGAGAUGACUGCCUCAGGCGGCAGGAUUCACUGAGACAGCAUAUCCUAAUGCUGUUCUUUCCUCCACCCUAGUUCCUGAUGUAGACCCUCCCUCCCUCUUUCUUCCCUGGAGGGGAGGCAGAUGCCAUUUUGGGCAGUGACUGAUGGGGCACUUACUUACAGCUGCAUUGGAUACAAGCCAUGAAUUCCAAAUCUGACCUCAAGUUUCAUUUCUGAAAUUUGACUGUUGCAUGCCAAGAAAGAGAAAAAUAUCCAAAUUUUGGUUUCUGAAACAUCACCAGAUUUCACUAUUUGUAAAAUGCCAUUUCAGCUCUAAGGUGGUUCAGUUCUUAGACAAAGAUAGCUUCUCUAGUGAUAACUGUGAUGUUUUAACUAUGUGUAGUGGGCUGUAAGAGAUGACACUGCCACUGUUAUCUUUCUUGUCACCACCAGGGACACCUGUGUUAGGUUGCAAACCUGUAUUCAUGCAGGCUCCCUGUCUAUUUUAGAAUCCUGGUUUUCCAGAGUUCUAAAAUGUCCAGUAGAAGAGUGGUCACUGACUGUGCCCAGUACUUCAUUAAUAGUGACAGUGUGGGCAUGCAUGCUUACCCAUCGUUCAGAGAAGCUAGCAUUUUGGCUUGUUACAUGUUUGCGCAGUGCUCUAUUAGUUCUGCACAUGCAUGCCAUCCGUGUACAAACUUUAGAGAAAUGUCAAAGCAGUAGCAGCAGUGGUUGAAGCAGCCAGAUGCAUACCUGUUAAGUAACAUUUUCAGGUCUCCCCACUAGGACCAUGACAGUGCAUCCAAAAUGUGCAGAAUUCCUGCAGACCUUUGAUUGCAUGGGGACACACAAACACAUACACACAAGUAUUGCAAAUGUGGGUCAUUCACAUGACUAUCUGAAGUCUCAAAAUGGAUUUGUUGCAUUUUUAACUAAAGAAGCUUAUGCAACCAUUGCUCCUCCAAGCCAGUGGACUGUUAGAUGCUGCUUAGGGAAUACCCAGAUUUGGCUGGCAAAUAUGCCAGCUAAUGGAAUUAGCUGCUCCUUCUCAGAACAGCCCUCAUUCUGCAUGGGAACAGCAGCAGAAAGAUACACUCUUGCUUACAGAAGGGCUCAUUUAUCCUGACUGGCAGCCCCUGGGAUUAGAUGCAUGUCAUCAUUGGCGGGAUGAAAAUAACUCCAGCCCCAUAAUGCCUGGAGUCAAACAGAAAUAGUUACAAUAAAAAUAAAGUAAUAUGGACCCUGUUUUGUGUAUUGUAAUUGAGAAGCCUCAUGAAUGCUUGCAACAUGUAACUAACUGGGUUCCUUAAUGGCAAACUAACACUCUGCAUGGCAAAUCAGCCUCUUCCUUUAAUCUGGGUAGGUAAAAACGGGUUACCAUUCUCAAAAUGGCAACAUAAAAUCAUAGAAUUGUAGACUUGAUAGGCACCCCUAUCAACUUAAAUCUUCAGGUUGCUACUUUAAAUUGGGAAGGCUUAAGAUGCCUUCUUAUCACUUUACCUGCUGUACAUUUUAAUGAUGAGAUCAUGCCACAUAAAAUGAAUUGCUGACAUUGUAAAGAGGGUUGCAUAGCCCUUAAACAACAGCCUGGAUGCCCACUGUACUGCUAUUUUAUACAGCAUGUGAGCUCAGUAUUCAACACGUUGCAGUGUCAAUGAUCCAAAACACAGUCCCUUCUGUGUGCCAAGAAGUGAUGGGGAGCCUAGGUCUGAGAACAGGAACCAAAUGUGACCAUCCUGCUCUAGUGACCACUUCUAAAAUUAGACUAUGGGUGUUGCAAAACCCAUUUCUGAUUUGGUGAGAAGACCGUCACGAAACAGGAAAUCCAUGUGGUCAAAGCUACUUUAGGCAGCUUGGACUGGAACAGUCAUGGAAGACUACUGGACAUGAAAGAUAUGCUGAGAUUGACAAUGUCUCCUGGGAUUUUACCUUUAAAGUUUUGGAAUAUAUGAGCUGUGGAGACACUUUUAUAAAAGGAGUCUGGGCAAUAUAUACUGAAGAGUCAGCUAAAUUGAUAGUAAAUAAUGUAUUGACUGAGAAUUGCAAAAUAACUAAAGGAAUGAGACAAGGCUGCCUGUUGUCACCCUUGUUGUAAGAUGUAAUCAAGAAAUUAAAGGUAUAAGAGUGAGACAGAGACCAUAUAAAUUAAAAGCAUUUGCAGACGACGUGGUGAUAUCUGUAGAAGAACCAAUAGAGUCAAUCCCAAAAGUAUUACAAGAGAUUUAAAAAAAUUGGAGAUGUAGCAGGUCUUAAGAUUAAUAAAGACAAAACCAAACUCUUGGUAAAAAAUAUGAAUGAUGAGAGUAAAAACAAAUUACAAGAUAUGUCAGGUCUAAAGAUUGAAAGGAAAGUCAAGUAUCUAGGUAUAUGGUUAAGAGCAAAUAAUAUAAAUUUGUACAUAGAUAAUUAUUUAAAAUACUGGGAAGAUAUUAAAAGAAAUUUGCAAAUUUGGGACAGAAUGAAACUUUCACUGUUAGGUAGAGUGUUGACUAUAAAAAUGAAUGUAUUACCAAGAAUGUUGUUUUUGUUUCUCUCAAGUCCGGUGAUUGGCAAGACAGAUUGUUUCAAUACAUGGCAUAAAGAUAUUUCUAAAUAUAUCUGGCAAGGGGAAAAACCUGAGAAUAAAAUAUGAAAUACUGAUAAAUGCAAAAAAGAGAGGAGAUUUCUCCCUUCUGAAUAUGAGAUUAUAUUAUGAAGCAUCUUCUCUUUGUUGGUUGAAGGAAUGGAUGACAUUGGAGAAUCCACAUAUUUUAGAUUUAUAAGGUCAUAGUAAUAUUUUUGGUUGGCACGUCUAUUUGUGGUAUGAAAAGGUGAAAAUACAGAAAGGAUUUACAAAUCACAUAAUUCGGAAAAAAUUGUAUAAAAUAUGGGAUAAAUACCAAAAGUUAUUGGAGAAAGAAACACCACUUUGGCUCUCACUGCUGGAAGCCAUAGUGGUAAUGAAAAAGAAUAUGAUAGAAGAUUGGACAGCUUAUAGAAAUUUAUUAAAACAAGUGGGAGGAGAGUUUAAAUUAAAAGAAUUUAAGGAUUUAUCAGGAAAGUUAACAUGGAUACAAUAUCAUUAUUUGAAUGAAGUACCGCUGUAUCUGCUGCCCUGCUUCACAUAGUGGCCGGGGUGGAUCUGAUCCUGUCAGCUGAUGUCAAUGAGACUGACUUAGGUUGGCACAGCUCUGGGGCUGGAAAGCCCAUUGGGGGCUGUGCACUGGCUGCAGCUGGUGGAGAUCCAAGUGACAGCACUUCCACUCACUUGCAUGUUUGGUUGGUAGAAGCGAGGGACAGUCAAUUCCACUGGAGUGGUACUGGGAUCUCCACAGCCAGUGAAAGGCCAAUGGAGACUGGCAGGGCUGGGCAGAGAGGACACUUCUGCCCAAUCCAAACUACAAGGCAAAGGGUGGUGGUGGUUAGAUUGCUCUUCCAGUCUGCAAAUGCCUAGAAAAAUGUGAUUGUCCAGCAAUGUGUUAUAGAUCAGAAGCUGCAGGGCUGAAGUGCAGGCUGCAUACUCCAUGACACAUUUUAUAUAUUUACGGUAUGUUUCCCCCCCAUCUAAUUGUGUGCAUAUCUGUCUACUCACCUCUCUAGUUGUAUCCCCCCCCCAACUUUCCAAACACCAUCCUCUUUUGGAAAAACCACAGAUUAUAGGAUUUUGCUUUACCUGGUAAAUUAGCUGUGUUUAUCGGACGUACAAAGCUGACUGAUUUUUUUUUUAAUAAUGACCGCUCCCCGCUUAAAACGGGGGGCGCCCUUUGCGUGGACGCGCGCAGCCCCUAGAUCUGGAGCGGCUCCAACAGCAUAGGCUUGGUUUGCCUUCCCUCAGGUGGGAUACCUGGAGGUCUCCGCCUACCUCAGUCAGUUGUCCAAUCCCACCUGGGGGGAAGCGUUGCCAAGGAGACCAGGCCAGGUCGGGGAGGGAUUACCUGCCCACACAAUAGAGGGAGGAUCUUACCUGGGAAUCCUCACUUGGCUCCAGAGCUUCUCCCACCCUACCCACCCUCAGUUAAUGUCUUUUUUGCAGGUUAACUUUUCUUCGCAGGUAUGCGGGCGCUGCUACGUUAAGGUCGCUGUUAAAGGGCCGGAAAGGAAUUUCCCUGCAUUGGCAGGUUUCGCCUUUCCCGUAGCAAAACGUCACAACUUUGGCGGUAUCAGGCCUUGGGCGGAAUCCUUUAGUCCAUCUUCCUCUUUGCGGCGGCGAUACCAGGGUUCCCUGUUAAAGGGGUUUCUGAAGGGAGGCUUUGACCGUACGCCGAAGGUCGUCAUUGCUCUCCCCUGCGGCGGCGGCGUAACGGGGGCGGCUAUCUCUGCUUGAACAUAUGUUCUCCAGAGCCGGCCCAUCCCCCCCCCACUGGAUAACCCUGAUGCUCCCUAGGUCCCCGGCUGGGGACUGGGGAGGAGAACGCCCAAUGCCUGAGCCAAGGUCUACCCACAUUUGAAAUUUAAUAAAGUUGUGGCCAAUUUAAUCCCAUAGCACGUUGUCAUGAGUCGUUAUUCCACAUGACGGGGGGACCGCGCGGGAUCUGGGGACUCCGCCUGUCCACGCAAAACUAGACUCACACGCAUAAUGCCCAGAAGUGACUAAAGAUUAUAAAGGGAGGAUGCAUGUAUCUAUCUAUCAGAAACAAGUUACAACAGGCAAAAACUCAAAAAGCACAUUGCAUUGGCGUAGCAAUAUUUUAGGGGGGAAACCAUUAAGGCAGUAGUUCCCAAACAGUAGUUCCCAUGAAAACUGUUGAGGGUCUUGGCAGACCACUUAAUUAUUAUUUUUCUGCUUGUUGUGGCAAUUGUAAUGCCCUCUUUUACCUGAUAGCUCUCAACAAGCACUCAUAUUGAGAACGUGAAGGAUUUUGAGAAGGAGACUUUUUUUCCAGGGGUGGGGCAUUAUUACAACUGCUCAGCAGGUAAGAAGGUGUAAAACCGAUAAAGAUUUUCAGGCUGAUGUUUACUUGGAAGUAAGUGCCAUAUAGAACACAGGCUUCCUUUUGAGUAAAGGCCCAUGGAACCCAGCUUCUAAGGUGGCAGUCUUAUGCACAUCUACCAUUGAUCUAUGUGAGGCUUACCUCUGAGUAAAUAUGCAUGGAAUCAGCCGAUAUGUGCACAACUACAUGUGACAGUAAAAAGCCUGCAUUUCCCACGUUAAUGCAAAAGCUAUGUUGGACAGAAUGAGCAAACAAUUAAAAAUUAGCUCUCUCUGUGUCCCUGUCCCUAUCCCAAUUAAUAUUCACACAUCCAUGCAAACAGUGUGUGGGAGGUUAAAAGGCACUUUUAAUGUUAUGUGAAAAUGGCCUAAGACAAAAACAGAAAAGCCUAACUUUAAGGUACCUUCAUUUGUUGUCUGAGUGAAGUGAAGCCUUUGUUUCAUUUGCUGAUUUUGGCACUGCAUUUGUUUCUAAGGCUGUGUACACACUUCAGCCUUUGAAGCUGUGUGGCUUGCGGGUUUUCUAAAAGCACUUUUGUAGACAUCGCUUUGCAAGUGUCCAUACCUGCACUCUGAGCAGACAGCAUUUGUAUUUGUUAAAUCAUUGCCAUAUGUGCACUCCCCAAGAGCAGGUUCCCAGAGAAGGCACUCUCAGUUUCCACAUGAGGCAAGAGGAAUGCAUUGUGAAAUGUAAGGAGGCUUUUAACUGUUCCAUUGAAUGGUGCUUUCAAAACACCAAAAAGGAAGCGUGCAGAGAAUUCCUAUUUCUAUUAACAUAUAUGAAAAUUCACAAUGCAAUAUCUGCUUUGAAGAUGGGAGUUAUCAGAAGGAAAGCUGAUGUGGCUGAUCUGAACGUUAUUCUUCGGUUCACAUUGCACCCUCAGUGUCGAUGGGCACACCUACUGCACCUCCAACCUUCCCACAAAAGUCUGAAGCCUCCUCAAAAUAUUAGCAAAAUACUGCUUUGGAGAAAGAGUGCUAGUGCUCUAACUAUAAUGCCAAUAAAUAACACCUUUCUGUUCACCAUCGUUUUAGCAACAUGUUUGUCUCCCCCAGUUAAAUACUUUCAGUCUACACUUCUGAUCCAUCUUAUGUAUUUUGGGUGGUAUUCAACUGAACACCAAGUUAACCUCCGCAGCUGUUCUAUUGUGGGGAGAGAUACAAAAAAACUUUGCCAUUUGAUAUCUGAAGGGAGACCCCUUAAAACACUCUGCUCAUUUACUUUCUUUCAACCAUGUAUCCAUCCCUCGAUGGAAAGAAAGGGCUUGCUAUCCCGUUAUAGACAAAGAAAGGGCUUGCUAUUCCAUUAUGGCCAACAGUUGCCAACAGACAAGGUGCAAUGAGUGUUUCUUCCAUACUGGAGGAAGACAUAGAAAUUACAGGUGCAACAGGCAGGAGGCUUUGGGACACCAUUACAUAGCCUCGUAACUCCCGAUUCUCUGACUCUGAACUAAGGUUGGGGGAGGAUUUUGAUUCACUCUGCAAUUUGGAGCACAUCUCCCCAGCCCACAUCUGAUGAACUGAUAAGUAUCAGAUGGGGGGAAGUAAGCACGUGGAUCAGAUUGAAUGUCUAUAGACCCUUCUGAUCACAGUCCAUUCCUUCCUACCUUAAAAAAAAUCAAAACCCACCUUAUGGGGAAAGCCAUAUUUUCCUCCAUACAAUUACCCAAGAACUGGCAGCACAUUGUAACCCAUGCCUUAUAUUAAAGAUCUGCAGCAAGUGCAGCAAGCACAUCACUUUCUAACUGGUCCAAGCAGUUUUUAGGAAAGAGAGAGAGAGAGAGAGAGAGAGAGAGAGAGAGAGAGAGAAUCCAUAUACCACAUCCUAAGUUGUUUUUAAAUGUAUUUAUGAAAAAUGUCUGCAUUUAUUUAAGGAUUUCCCCUGGAAAUGGACUUAGUCCUGUCCCCUCUUGGCACUGGGACUGACCAGACUUCAGUGGAUCAAUCCAAUCCUACGCUGAAUAUAUCUGUUGCAACACCCCACCCUAUGCUUAAGUUACUGAACAAGUGACAGUAUGGAUGGAGCAUUCUAUGCACAGAUGAGCUACUUCUCCUCUGCAUUGUUCCAAUUUUUAGUGUAUGUACUGCCAGAGCAAGCACUCACAGAUGAGCUAUUUCUAAUCUUACAAGAGACUAGUAGCACUUGCCCCUGCCCCACCUUACUGGAUUUUCUUCCUUCACUAUACCUUCCUUUUCUACUGAGCCUUUGGGGGAAAGAAUCAGCUGUCUAGCCAAUGGGGUUAGCACAAAUGACUCCAGUAUAACUUACAAAGAACCACUCACAUAAACAGUUUGAUAGAAUGUUAUCCCUUUCCCUGGAGGGCCUUCCACACCCUGGGCAGUGACACCCAGUUCUCACUUUCUUAUUCAUUAACUGCUCAUAAAGCAGUCUGGAGAUGAAAGUGCAAUGUGGGUGCUAAUCACUACUAACAACCAAUAAUUUAACCUCCCGAGGCUCCCUUGCAGCAUUUUCCCAGGGGAGGGGAAGGCAGCCUAACAGUCACAGCAGGGGCUAUUACCACCCACUGGUUGUGUAAUAGGGAAACAAUGAGAUGGAAACAGAACUUUCACAGAAAGCUGCCUACAUAACAAAGUUAUCUAGAAGUGCCAAUCUAGAGUUCUCAGAUUUAGUACAUUUUGAACAGGUUUUUUUUUUUUAAAUGACAACUGUUCAGCUAGCAAAGGGUCACAGGCUGUUGUAAUGGCUAAAAAAAAUUGAGGUCUGUAUUCCGGGAUUGUUCUGGUGUUUCACAUUCAUAGGCUGCAAAUUUGCUGUGUUUCUGCACUUGUGUGUGGAAUAAGUAUUCCGGAAUGGAUGAUCCCUGUAAUUUGGAGAUAAGAGAACUGUGGACAGAUCUCCAGAAAGGUUACAGGAUCAUCUUAGGGUCAACUCUCCCGCAACUAUGCAUAUGCAAUAUUGCUUUUCAAAAUGCAUUUCAUGGGUGUUAAAGCCAAAUGCAACUUGCCAUUUGCUUUCAGAAUUUAACAGAGUUCCCAACAUUUUAGCUACCAGGCAAAUUGAUGGUGUUUUCCCCUUUGGGUGCUUCAGUGGAGUAUCUUCUCUAAAAAGGACUGAAAGGUGGAAGAGUUUAAUGUGGGCAAUCUUUAUCCAUCCAUUUCUUGCUGAAUUUACUUGCACUCUUGCCUUGUGAACCUGCCUGCCCAUUUGUCGUUGGCAUCAAUCUGUCUCGAAAGAGAAGUCCUACCUGCCCCUCACUUCCCUUUACAGAAUGUGCAGAAACCACCUUGACUGCUGGACCCACUGUUGGUCUUGUCUGCUCAGUCCACCGGAGCCUUACGUGCAGGGGGAGUCCAUAACUCACCAAGGGCUUGAGACCCAUUGGCUAACCUCACCUAGUUGACCAGUCGAGGCCGUUCCUGGGGUGGGGCCACUGCCACAUGCUGACAGUUUCUAGGAGCCACAGGUGAGAGCUGAGUUCAGGGUGCGGACCAAAGAUGGGCAGACAUACCCCAGAAGGAGCAUGACAUGUCCCAGAACAGAGGUACUACCCUUCCCAUAAGACCCCAUAUACCCCACCCAUUUAAAACUUUGGAUAUUCUCUAUUAUAAGAUCAAUUUCGCUAGAAGACUAAACCAAUGAGGAUAGACACUAGAGCAGGAACUUCUUGCUUGUGGCAAUUCUACUAUGCAACUUCUUUCCAUGAAAACCAACUCAUCAACAACAACCUCACCUGAGCACAAUACUAAAAUUGUAAAGGGGAAAAAAUAGAAACAUUUUUUAUUGUAGGCUUUUGGGGGACUCUUUUGCCUUAAAAAUACCGUUGAUGAGUUUUUAGUGGAGUGAUUUUUUUUAGAUAAUUGUUUUUCUUAUAUUUAUGCUUUGUAUGCCAAUGCUUUGUAUGCCAUUUUAGGCCUCCUGAAUAGGAAAAAGAGAAUGGGAUACAAUUUUAAGUCUCAUAACUAUCUUAGUAGCUCUGUGUUUUUACACAGAGUUGGGACAUUUGGCACCUACUAAUAGGUUAAUCUAAGAGUGGGGAAUGUUGGACUCCAACUCCCAUCAGCCCCAGCCAGCAUGGCCCUUGGUCAGGGAUGGUGGGAGUUGUAUUCCAACAACAUCUGGAAGAUACUUGUAAAUAAACGAAAAUAUUACAAAAUCCCACUAACCUUCCAGUGAACUAUUUCUAAACUGGAUCAAAAUUGGGCAGAUGCUACACUUCUGCAAUGAAGUGAAAUGAGCCUGACAAUAUAUUUUUCUGAGAAUCACUAUGGAAAUGAUAGGGGUAGGACUGCCUUCUGAGUGUUGCAUUUGGCACUACUGGUUUGCAAGAUCUCCAGUAGCUCAGGGAAUACUUGGCAGAAUUAAAUACAUGCUGUCCACUGGCCUGUGUUUGAGGGUCACUCCCCAAGUUUUUCCUUUUUGUUUAUUUGCAAGACGUUUCUUCUAUUACCAAAGUCUGCAGGGGUUCCGUGGCAUGACAAUCAUUUCCACAGGUUUACAGCCCUCCAUAUUAUUCUUAGGAAGACAUGCUGCCCCCCCCCUCUCUCUCUCUCUCGGCAAUAUAUGUGGAGUCAGAGCAAUGGAAAGAGGGUUGUGGAGCAACCUAAAACAACUGCUCCUUUUGUGUGUUGUAGAGCCCAGUUCUUUGGAAAACACACAUUUGUUUCUUGUUGGGCAAGCUUGACAGCUGCUGACCCUUAGCUCAAAGGGUUUCCCAUGCAAAUAAGCCGUGUUUGCAAACUCAUGGGUAUUAGCACUGCUUAGCUGAUGGCUCAGAGGGCCUGUAAUCCUUGCAUCUAUGACACAGAAGCCCCUAAUUGAGCUUUGCUGAGUAGGGUGAGUUAAGGCAAAGAGAUAACUAGAAUCAUCAUAAAUGCUCAAGCAUCCCAACCAAACAAUGGAGACAGCCAGGUGAAGCAGAAAUGUUGGUUGCUGGAGCUGUCGUGCUGAGGGCAGCAGCUGCUGCUGUUUUCUAUUUUGUUCCUGCCCAAGUCUGUACAAGUACUGCUCUUUAGGUGUGUGCAUAGUUUGGAAACAGCACUGGUUAAUUGUGCAAUGGCGAAAACUACUCAAACUAUGCUCAGAUCCACCUGACAGAAGAGAAAGCAGGCUGUGGGAUAAGUAAAGGGGAAGGAGCCAUGCUGUCACAGUAGCCAUUCCAGAUGCUUAUUUUCCCAUUUGGACACUUAAAUUUUGCAAUAAAAACCAUUUAAUAUUAUGCUAAUAUAUACUGCCCACUCCCAGUACUCCUGUUGUUCCACAACAUAAAAUGGUAGCUCUAAGAAGGAGAAGAAGGUGACAAUGGGUUUCUGGCACCACAGUUUUACUUACCAAGUACGAUGGUCAAGUCUUGGGGAAACACACACCAACACAAACACCCCCCCCCGGUUCAUUAUCAUUAUCUUAUAAAACACUAGGAAUAGCUUAUGUAACAUGCCGCUCAUCUUGUCCCCUGAUCCUAUUUCUGGGUUUCUUAGGUUCUUAGGGCAUGCCAUGAAGAGUUUUUAAAAUUCUUCCCUCUGCUUUUAUUUUUAACCAAAUCAGUGUGGAUAGACUGUGCCCAAGUGGUGGAAGGGCAGGUUGCUUGAGGGGAGGCUGCUUAAUCCCCUCAACUAGGCAUUUUCCAGAUCAUCUUUUUCAUCCAUAUGUGUGUUUUAGGAGUUGGGGAGAUACAGGAAAGCUAUGGAGAUUCUGUUUUUUGCUUCCUGUUCCUGGUGGAAAAAAAAUCUCAGGGGAUGGGGAGCUGGGGUGGUGGUGCUGCUGAUGAUUACUAAGCUGAAAAAUAGGACCAAAGAGGAAAUAUGAAGCAGCCACGCUCUCUUUUCACCCUUCUACUACAUGAUGCCCAAUCCUCUGAAUGAAGUUGCAUGCAAUUCAAUGAGACUUUCUCCCAAUGAAUGUAUAGAGGCUCGAGGAAAGGUUAGAGCUGGAGCCUGCCCAGGUUGCUCUGUUUUAAGAAAGCACUUUUGCUGUAUGACCUGGAUCAAGAUCUCUGGCUGCAGCAGGAUAGUCAACUGGUGCUCAGGUGCAAGUCAGAGUCCCCUAUUUUUCCAUACAAGAGAAUAAGCAAGCAUGCUUCUCUCCCUCCUUUUCACAGAGGCUCUUCUAUUCUAUUUGGGCAGGAGCUGUGUAUUCGGCCGCCAUCUUGCUCUUUCCCGAACUGUUUUAACAAGCAUUCUGAAUCCUAUGUUUCAGCUAUUCUUGCUGUUCCCCCUGAGGGCAUUUCCAAGUGGUGACCACCCUACACUAAGCUUGGAAGGGGUUGGGGGAGGGGGGGAGCAAGCAGAAUCUUAGGUAGGGGAAAGGCAACUAUGGGCAGCCUGGAUUCUAUUUUAUCUUUCCUAGGGUUGCCUGAUGAUACAGGACUGGCCCUUUUGUGCUUUUAAUAGUUGUGUGGGAGAGGAGAUGUUCAGCAGUUGGAACUUUUCCUUCCAUGGCACUGUGGUGGGAGGAGAUGGCCUCCUUGCUGGAAAGCUCCCCUCCUACACAACUAUUAGGUUGAAUCCAGACAGCUGCUUCCAGCAGUAACUGUAGCACUAAACUAGAAAGGUGGGGUGAGUGGGGAAGGAAAAAUACCUCAAGGACAAAACAGGGACUAAUUUGUGUGGGCAAACAACUCACUGAGAGGAGGGCUGCGGAGGCUCCUGUCUUAGAGUCUGGACACAGUUCUGAAGAGGCCACAGAACUGGAAUGCUCUGAAAUGGAAACAAUCAUCCUAUUGCUGUUUUACCUUGAAUGUUAUUGUUCCUAAUUUUAUAAACUGCCCUGGAAUCUUACAACGAAGGGCAGCAUAUAUAUUUUACUUUUAAAAAUAGACAUACAAACACACAAUACAAAAUUUACUAUGCACAACUAUCCUAUAUGCCACCAAUAGCAUAUAAUAUAUCCAUAUUAUGUUGAAUUAUUGCUAUUUCAGUAGUGAGAACUCUAAAUCAAAACUUUGCUUCAUAUAACUUAUGAAGGAGAACCAUAAACUUUCAAGCUGUUCAUGUCUUUUUUUCUCCCCUCCCUUAUUUUCAGCACAGCUCACGGAUAUGCAGCUUGUGAGUUCCAUCAUGAAGCCCUCCAUCUGGAAGCACCCUGGAAAGGCCAGUCCUCUACUGAAUCUGGCAACUCUUGUUUUUGCACAGCAUAUGCCUUCCCUCACUUGGAAUGUACCCCAGGACUGUCUACCAUAUGGAGAGUUGGGAGGUCCACACUAG